GUGGGGCGGUACUGCUGUUUUGCUGUCGAGUCACCUCUGUCAGGAUGGAGGAAAACGAACUGCUAUCAUGCUGAAAAUCGAAGGAUCCCAACAACCGAGCAUCAUCCACCGGGAGAGUUAGACACAAGUCACCGUUUAUCUUCACUGCUGUAUUUGUUUAUAUAACGCUUUGCCAAAAUGAUGGAAGAAAUCGACCGGUUCCAAGUACCUCCAGUCAACGGAGAGACCCAGCCUUUGGACCCAGCUGCAUCCUCCACCUCAGAGGCAGACCCUGACACAAAGGGAGAGUCUGUGGCCAUGAACUACAAGCCCUCACCACUGCAAGUCCAAAUAGAGAAACAGAGGGAUCUUGCCAGGAAGGGAUCAGUGAAGAAUGGCACUGUGGGAAGUCCUGUCAAUCAGCAGCCCAAGAAGAAUUCCAGGACAAGGUUGGUCGUGCCAAAUAAAGGCUACUCGUCUUUAGACCAGAGCCCAGAUGAGAAGCCCCUGGUGGCACUGGACACUGACAGUGACGAUGACUUCGACAUGUCCAGAUACUCGUCAUCAGGAUACUCCUCAGCCGAGGUGAGAUGUCUGAGGGACCAGCAGAUCAACCAGGACUUGAACAUCCAGCUCCUGAAGGAUGGGUACCGGCUCGAUGAGAUCCCGGAUGACGAGGAUCUGGAUCUGAUCCCCCCCAAAGCAGUCAACCCCACCUGCAUGUGCUGCCAGGCUGCUCCCUCCACAGCCUGUCAAAUCCAGUAGCACCACCCCCCUUCCACCUGCACCGAGGCCAACUACUGACCAGAGUGGCAGAAAGGAGGAAGAACUAUCGGCUGGCAGAGGCACAAAGGGGAAACUAGGCUUUAUAAAGGCUAAAUUAAGAGAUGUAGAUAGGUCUUGAGGAGAAGAGUCAAUAUGUACAGUAUCUGUGCACGUUCCUCCUAUGGUUGGAUCUGUGCAUCUUACUCGAUUGAUGGCAGAAACAUUACCUCUAAAGGAAAACACGUUACUUUUGCUUCUUCUUCCUUUGACGUCCAUCUCAUGCUUGUGGAUAAGGACCAUGAAAGAUGUUGGAGAAGAACCGAAACAAAAUUGGUUGACAGGGCGACAUUACCGUGUCAUCCAUGGAGUCCACUUCUACUAGUCUACUAUGGUCAGAUUGGAUGGACAAGAAGAGAUUGGAAGUGUUGUAGUGGCCAUUUUGUUCUCAUUUGUUUUAGCCAGUCUGCUCUGUCUUCCUGUGUAUAUAUGUGUCAAAAGACAUGUGGGUCUGAAAAUGUCAAAGAAGGAAGUGCUCAGCCAUCAAGCUGCUGAUGAAACACUAAUGCUUACACUCAAAACACUAUGAGAGUAAUUCCAGUUUUUUUUUUCUGUUACACCAAGGUUGUUUUCAUUGCUUAAUUGUGUCAUAUUCAGUUAAAAGAAGCUGAAAACAAAUAGUUUUUGCAUGUUGCCUGUUAACACUGUGUCCUAAUGACCGGCUUGCGCAGUUUGAAUCGACCUCCUAACACAUCCUUGUGCUGACGAUACAUUAUGUGAGGCGUGCUCUUAAAAAAACACAAAGUUAGUUAAAAUGUAGGUACACUCACUGUAAUUUCAGUCGGUAGAAAGAAACGGUCAAAAAUAAUGUCAGAACAGCUCACAAGUUGGCACGAAUCUACUUUGUGUUUGUCCAUGUUAGCCCCCACGUGUGUGAAUGUGUACAAGGAGCACAAAGGCAGUCACCACCAUGAUUGUUGUUACAAAAUAUUAAUAGGAAUAUUAAUACGAGGCUUAGAAUAUGUGCAAAUACAUAGAACAUUGUGCAAUUUUGGCCAUACCUGUUGUGGGUUCAGAAGAAUGUCUUUAAAGUGAUUCCAUAUUGCCAGAAUGGAAAUGAUGAGAUUUUUUUUUGAAUGGUUGUACAUUUGCGCAUAUCCCCCUUUAGGUAUUAAUAUAACCGAUUUUUUUUAAUUUGAUUUUGGGAAAGGAAGUGUAUAUGUAGCACAGGACACAGCUGUGUAUUGUCAAUGUUUUUUUUUGCGAUGGAUGUUUCCCACAACGUUGAAGAGUACGUUUUUAGGAAGUACCGAACGCAAAUAGUUUAUUUGUCACGUUUACAUCACUCUAAAGACAUAUCUAGAAGAUGAAGUCACCUGCAUGUGAAUCUGCUCUGAAACAACAGAUCCUUUCCCUAAACACAAAAUGCACAUCUGAUGACACCUAAAAAAUAUUUUCUAUUUAGCAAAUCUUGAACCUAGAUACACUCUUAUUUCUUUUCAUAUGACUACAGUUCGAAGUAUUUGUGCACUUUACACUGUGGUGCAAGUUCUUCUCUCGUGACAAGCUGAAGUGUAUUCGGUAUGACUCGUAUUCAAGGGACUUGAGAUUAGGAUGUGAACUUACUUAUGAAAAUACUGUGCGCAUCUACUAUGAACAACUUUAUCUUGAUUCACUUUGUGCACAUAUUGCAGCGUUGUAUAAAACUUUGCAUUCCUCUUUCAUAACUGUUGAUUUUUAAACACGUUUACAAUUUGUUUACAUUUACAUGAAAAUCCAUACAGAUACAACCGCGGAAAAAGAGCAUCUCUUUGAGCUUUUUUGGUUAAAGAUGUGCCAGAUCUGCGUACAUGUAAGAAUGGUCAACAAAGGAAGAGGUGUUUCUGCUCUGGUCAAAGGAAUGACUGAAUAGUGACGUAUGUAAAGGAACUCAAAGCUACUUGGGAAGAGAACAAAAAUGAUAAAUCCUGUUAAUCUGUUAACACUUAAAAGGGCAUCUCCUUUACAUGAUACUGCCCCAAUGUUUCUGCAGCAUUGAAAUUACAAAAGUAUUUGAACAAAUUUAACUAGCAAAAUAUGGUGCCAUGUGUGUAGAUUUGAAAACGACUUGCAUUAAGUAGAAAAAAUACACGAAUAGUACAAUAGGUGACUAAAAUGGCUACUAUAACUACAGUUAACACCAACAUUGAGGAAAUGGUGCUGAGUUUCUUUUCUUCUUUCUUUGACAUCAUGCUAUUUGAUUCACUCACAGGCCAACAUUGUGUCACUGGGUUGUGUAGCUUCACUAAUCUCUUGACUCUAGAAUAAUGUGUUGUAACAUAAGCUAUUUAUUUGCAGUUGUGCGUUUUUAAUUUAUUUUCAAGAAUGGAAAAUAAUCCAUAUCCAGACUGAAGCUUUUUAUUUUAUUUGUGUUUGUCAGGUGCUUAUAAUGAUGAUUGUGAACUGGUUCCAUUUAGAUUUUAACAGUGUCAAAGUUCUGUGUAUCGUGCAACAUAUCAAAAAUAAAUAUUAGAUAUCUGCAGUUGGA